CUGACUCUCCUUCGCCUCCAGUUCUUCCAGCGACUUCAUACGGAACAGUUGAGUUUUUCUACUUUUGUUUAUUUUUGUUCCCGUAUCACAUCCAGUUCGUCGUUACCCAUUAGUGUUCUCCUUAUUGAUUGUCUAAUUAAUUACAUUCAAAAGGUAUACAUUCCGUGUUUCGGGUAUAUCCUAUCCAUCGUUGGAUAUGGCCCGUUGCUCCUGGUUGAUAUGCAGUGGUCUUAUUUUCCUGUUUUCUUCAGCUGCUGUUGCGUUAGAAUCGCUGUCAAAUGGCACUCGUACGACGGGAAACGUGACAGAGAGGGACGGACGAGAGUAUGACGUGCAUCCACCUGCGCCAGGGUCCAUAAACGGAGGCCUGGAAGUUCAGUCGCUCUCUCCUCGUCCUAAAUCACUUGGAACUGGUACGUGGAAAGCCAUUAAAAUAUGGAACGAUCCGAUAGGUGCAUCUACAGAAAAACGAGCCUCAUCACCAGAACGAGUUAUUGCUUCUUCAGCGAGGCACACGGCAGAUUCAUCCAUCUUGAUAUUCUUCAUCUAUCCCAUUAUGCGACUAAUUGACCUCAGCACUUCAUGCAAAUAAUUAAAUAAGCUUAUUAUUGCAUCAACCUUAAAGUGAUACUUAAUUACCUAAUGCGUAUUUUCAUAUUUUCUAUACAUAACAGACAUGUCAUAUUGUACAUAAGACGUUGCUGAAUUGGGGAAGACAUAUGUUAUAAAAUGAUUGCUUAUCAAACUCACUCAAGUGUAUCCAUCUGAUGUAUCCUUCUCUCUGAAGUUUGGCAGCAGAUGUUUGGCCUCCUUGGUAAUGAGGAUCCUACACCAGCAAGAAAAAAUAUGGAGUAUAAUACAAACAUUGCGCUACAUG